AUGGCUUCUGCAUCUUCUACACAACCUCCUCUUCCUCCUGAUGGUCCUCAGGAUUCAUCACCGCCGCCACUGAAAAAUUCCCCUCCCUCAAUCCCAGCACCUCCACCUCUGCCUAUGGCUUCUCCUCCCCCUGAAACUAUAGUUUCUCCUCCUCCAUCAUUACCUUCUACUCCACCUCCAAUAUCACUUGCACCUCCUCUUAAACCACCAGUUAACUCUCCACCACCUCCACUGAUUGAUGCUCCCUAUUCACCGCCUCCUCCUAAUCACUCUCCACCCCCGCCUCAGCCGUUAAACAGUCCUGCACCUCCAGCUCCGAAAUCACAACAGCCCCCUAAGAGUUCACCACCACCUAAGCCCCCAGCAAGUUCCCCUUCACCGCCGUCACCAUCUCCACCACCUCCACCUCCACGGAGCUCACCUCCACCACCUCCACAAAACUCACCUCCACCACCGCCACGAAACUCAUCUCCACCACCUCCACCACCUCCACGAAACUCACCUCCACCUCCACCACCUCCACGCAACUCACCUCCACCUCCACCACCUCCACAAAACUCCCCUCCACCUCCUCCUCCACCUCCUCCUCCUCUACGAUCACCACCAAUGUCACCACAUGCACCUUCAAUACUAAAUCACCACCUCCUCAUUCCUCUCGGUCACCGCCAUCCCAUCCAAGAAUCAAUAGUUCCACUGGUAAUGCACCAAAAGAUUCAGGGCAUAUUGAUUAUGGGGGCAUUCAUACUGAGGCCGGCGUGA